AUGGUCACUCCAAGCACCGAGAAAGGUGGCCUCGGUCCCAUACCCGAGCUUGUCCUUGAAUGUGUAGAUGGCGUACGUAUCAAGACAGAAUUUGUCAUGGCCUCUGACCAUUUUCGUGCGUAUCUUCGCACUCAACAGCCGAAAGCAGUGGCUGCUUCUACUAAGAAACAUACGCCAGUAAACUUGCCGGAGUCACCCUGGUGGGAGAAGACAGAAGAGCUCAGCAUUCCACAGAACGAUCUCUAUCUUCCAUGUGACUUUGAGCAGCUCCUGCAGAUCUUCGACCUGGCAAGAAACUUUGCAAUUGAGCCCUUAAUCAGGGUGACAACUCAUCAACUCUGGAAUGAUGUUCCCGACUUCUCCAGCCUGUAUGGAAGUCGACCAUACGGAAUUGUGACCUACGAGGUAGACGAUGAGGGCAAGGAGUGGUUCUACGAGCAAAGGCCAUGCCUUGAUUUCAUCAUGACUACUCACAACGACAAUUAUAAGAAGCUUUUUGAUGGUCUCCAGAAACGUCCAGAGAUUGUCAUGCUAGCAUGGACAGUGAAUCCCCCGCAGAGAUUUCCAUUCCAGGAAAAGUCAUCAAAUGAUGAGAGCGCUUUUCUAUUCAACAAUUUGGAGGCCUUUCGAGUUGUGAACAGUUCGGGGGGUUAUCAAGAGGAUCCGAGCACCUUGGAGUACGAAUUUGAUCCCGACAACGAUCCCGAGUUCCGUCAUCAGAGUAUGAGGAAGUUUGAUCCAGUAUUCUUUAGAUUGAAAGCAAGAGAUUGGAAGGUGAAUGUGGUUGAUCUAGUACUCGACGUCGCUCUAGCUAUGUAG